AUGCUUUCACUGCAACCAAUUUCAAUUCUAAGUGCUGGUGCCGAUGAAGAAAAGGCAGAAACCGCCCGACUUUCUUCCUUCAUUGGAGCCAUUGCUAUCGGUGAUCUUGUUAAGACUACUUUGGGUCCUAAAGGAAUGGACAAAAUCCUCCUCUCAUCCGGAGAAACUGUCGAAGUGACAAAUGAUGGUGCUACUAUUCUGAAGUCAAUCGGGGUAGAUAAUCCUGCAGCUAAGAUCCUUGUUGAAAUGAGUAAAGUUCAAGAUGAUGAGGUUGGUGAUGGUACAACUUCAGUAACUGUUCUAGCCGCAGAAUUAUUGCGUGAAGGUGAACAACUAAUUGCUGCUAAGCUUCAUCCUCAAACUAUUGUACAAGGUUGGCGUGAAGCUACUAAACUGGCCUUAGCGGCUCUUGAUUCGGCUGCACAUCAGUUAUCGAACCAGUCAGAUGCUGAAUUCCGUAACCGUCUGUUAAGUAUUGCACGUACAACUUUGAGUUCCAAGCUCCUGACACAACAUAAAGAACACUUUGCAAAUUUAGCGGUAGAUGCUGUUCUUCGUCUCAAAGGUAGUGGAAACCUUGAUGCUAUUCAAAUUAUUCAAAAGCUGGGUGGAACCAUGACUGAUUCUUAUUUGGAUGAAGGCUUUCUUCUGGAUAAACGACCUGGUGUAAAUCAACCUAAAAGAGUGGAAAACGCCAAAAUACUGAUCGCCAACACUCCUAUGGAUGCAGAUAAAAUUAAAGUAUUUGGAAGCAAGAUCCAAGUAGAUGCUAUUUCAAAGGUGGCUGAAUUAGAACUAGCCGAAAAGCAAAAGAUGAAAGACAAAGUCGACAAAAUUUUAAAGCAUAACUGUUCAGUAUUUAUUAAUAGGCAGUUAAUAUAUAACUACCCCGAGCAGUUGUUUGCUGAUGCUGGUAUUAUGGCAAUUGAGCAUGCAGAUUUCGAAGGUGUGGAACGGUUGGCUCUAGUUACUGGUGGAGAAAUCGUUUCCACAUUUGACUCUCCGGAGACUACAAAAUUAGGACAUUGUGAUUUGAUAGAAGAAGUUACAAUUGGUGAAGACAAGUUACUUCGAUUCAGCGGUGUUGCAAUGGGUGAGGCUUGCACGAUUGUCUUGAGGGGUGCUACAAAAAGUAUCCUGGCAGAAGCAGAACGCUCUCUUCAUGACGCUUUAUGUGUUUUGGCUCUCACAGUUAAAAAUCCCCGGACAGUUUGUGGUGGUGGAGCUAUGGAGAUGUGGAUGGCUGAAGCAGUAGCACAGGGUGCUGCUAAAACACCAGGAAAAAUAUCUUUAGCUAUGGAGUCCUUCGGUCGAGCUUUGAGACGCUUGCCUUCUAUAAUAGCAGAUAAUGGUGGUUAUGAUAGCGCAGACUUGAUCUCUCAGUUACGUGCUUCUCAUGCAAAUGGUGAAAAAUCCAUGGGUUUGGAUAUGAACAAUGGAGUAAUUGCAGAUAUGAAUGAACUCGGGAUCAUUGAAUCGUAUGACGUAAAGCAUCAUUUGGUGACAUCAGCUGCAGAAGCUGCGGAAAUGAUAAUACGUGUAGAUGACAUCAUUAAAGCUGCUCCUCGUCGUCGAGCUCCUCGAAGGCAUUAA